UGUCGUUAUUCUCUGUUUCUCACCUCACUUCUCCCUCUCUCUCUCUCUCUCGAUUCCAUGGCAUCCCGUUACUUGAUGAUCUUUCUCUCGCUGAUCUUACUUCUUCUACCUUCCGCACUCGGGAUCUCUGAUGGGAAUGUCGAGGGAUAUAGUAUAAAUGGUAAAGUUAGAUUUCCAGGGUUCAGUGCAGCUGGAUUAGGGCUCCCAGCAAAAAUUUCAAAUGUCAAAGUUAUACUUAAUGGUGGUCAACAAGUCACCUUUCUGAGGCCGGAUGGAUAUUUUUCAUUCCAUAACGUGCCAGCAGGAACUCAUCUUAUUGAAGUGGCUUCUAUUGGCUAUUUCUUCUCUCCAGUGAGAAUCGAUGUCAGUGCCAGGAAUCCUGGUAAGGUCCAAGCAGCUUUGACAGAGAACAGGAGAGUAUUGAGUGAGCUUGUCUUGGAGCCUUUUAGAGACGAACAAUAUUAUGAGAGGAGAGAACCAUUCAAUGUAAUGUCCAUACUUAAAAGCCCGAUGGGUCUGAUGAUGGGAUUUAUGGUGAUUGUCAUGUUUUUGAUGCCUAAAUUAGUUGAUGCUGAAGAGUUGAAAAAAGCACAAGAAGAAAUGGGAAGCCAAGGUGUUCCGUCGCUUGCAAACUUUCUAGGCGGAGCUGCACAGCGUGCAAAUUAGACAUUCAAGAAGAAUAUCGGAAGAAGUAGACAUGACAUGAUAGGAUUUUCUGUUUCUUAUCAAUAAUUCUUAGCUAUUUGUUCGCAUUUUUUUCCUUACACUUGUAUGAAUGAAUUCAAAUAUUCUGAAGUUGUAUCCUCACAGACUUGAUUGUUUAAUUUUAUUUGAAGAAAGUUUGAUAAGGACAAUUAGUGAAUUUCGAA